AUGGAGAUUGAGGUAAACAAGAAGAUGAAGAGAUUCUUGUUAAUUCUAAACUGCAUUUUACUCGGCGUUGGAAACAGCUGCGGUCCUCUUAUUAUGCGCCUCUAUUUUCUCCGCGGCGGUAAACGCAUAUGGCUUUCUAGUUUCCUUGAAACCGCCGGCUGGCCUAUCAUUUUCAUUCCCCUUUUCAUCGCCUAUCUCCACCGCCGCCGCCGCCGCCGCAAUCUCCAGUCCGACCACCAUUCUACUCCAUUGUUCUUCACAACUACGCCAUUGUUCUUCGCCGCUGCCAUCAUCGGAAUACUGACCGGACUAGACAAUUACCUGUACGCAUAUGGAGUAUCUCUUCUUCCGAUCUCCACCUCCGCCUUAAUCAACACAUCCCAGCUAGCUUUCACGGCGGGUUUUGCUUUUCUACUUGUAAGACAGAAAUUAACUCCGUUUUCGGUGAACGCGAUUUUCUUAUUGACGAUGGGAUCGGUGUUAUUGGCUAUGCAUUCGAAUGGAGAUAGGCCGGAUGGGGAAUCGAAUAAGAAAUACUAUUUGGGUUUUAUAAUGACGGUUGCGGCGGCGGCGCUUUAUGGGUUGGUUUUGCCGAUGGUGGAAUUGAUGUAUAAGAAGACCAAACAGAGGAUGAGUUAUACGGUCGUUAUGGAAGUUCAACUUGUCAUUUGUUUCUUCUCUACUCUUUUCUGUUGUGUUGGCGAUUCCAAAGGAAGCAAGGGAAUAUGAAUUAGGAGAAAGAAAUUAUUACCUUGUAUUAAUAGGCAAUGGAAUACUAUGGCAAUGUUUCUUCCUAGGUGCAAUUGGAGUUAUCUUCACAUCUUCAUCUCUCUGUUCUGCCAUCAUAAUAACAGUUGAUCUUCCCAUAACCCAGAUCUUAGGUGUUCUUCUAUACAAAGAAAAGUUCAAAACAGAGAAGGCACUUUCACUUAUCCUUUCUCUAUGGGGUUUUCUCUCCUACUUCUAUGGCGAGAUCAAACAUGACCAAAAUGUUAAUGAAGAUCAAAUCCAAGAAGAUAAACAGACAUCGGAUGAUGUAGCUUAAUGUAAUAAUCCAUUUGCUAGUUUAAAUUGUCAAAAAUCAUUCACAGGUUUAUCAUAAUCUAGUUCUAGUUCUAGC